AUGGAGCUUGGCGAUGCUGUCCACACAGCCACUUUGACACUCAAAGAGGGUUCUGAAGUGCAAAUCUAUGACAAAACGAUAGGAUUGGUGGGGCAACACCACAUCCUAUAUGGCGAAGAAAAAGUGAAUAUUGCAUAUUCUAAGUUGCAUGCUCUGAAAGAACACCUUCAAUAUCAAGGUGAGAAUACGAGGAAUAUUACUUCCAUCUUAGAGGGUUUUAUUGGGACAUCUAAUGAUGCAGCGUCUUUCCUCAACAGCAAAUUGGACUAUCUUGUUACUAGUCGACCUACUAUUGUGAAUCUUUCAAAUGCUGUGACAAAACUUAAAGGAGCAGUAUCAAAUGCUGCUACCACUGCUUUUGAAGCCAUGAGUGUUUUUCAGGAUUUUCUAGAGGCUGCUGAAGACAUGCUUAGGGAGGAUGUUGCUGCAAACAGAGCAAUUGGGUUGUAUGGAGCAAGUUUUCUUCGAGGCCAUAUAAAAAACUCUAAGAGUCUGUCUAUUUUGACACAUUGCAACACUGGAAGUCUUGCAAUAGCUGGAUAUGGCACUGCUCUCGGUGUAAUCCGUUCCGUUUAUGUUGAAUGA